AUGAUUUAGAAGAAGUGUCCAAAGUUUAUUAGUAAACUUUAUAAUAUUUUGGAGGUAACUUUGAAUAAUAAUGUAGAAUUAACUAAGCGAAACUAUUCAUUGGAAUGAGGACGGAGAUGCUAUUCUAAUUAAUGAUAUUGAAGAAUUGGUGGGAUCAGUAUUGAGUGUUCAUUACAAAUAAUCUAAUUUUCUCAGUUUCUCAAGGUAAUGAUCCUCUAUUUCUUCUCAGAUAAUUGAACCAAUACGGAUUUCAGAAAUAAAGGAUUGGGAAAAAAACCUAUAUAUUUAAACAUCCUUACUUCCAGAAAACGAAGAAGUAACAAUUUCAAAUUAUAAGAGGGAAGAUCUCAUUAAUAUUGUGAGUUCUCAUAAAAUUAAAUCCUUUAAAAUUUAACAAUAAGAAGGAGAUGAUGAUAAUUUGGUUAAUAUAAAUGAGUAGAGCUCUUUGGCAACAACCAUAAAAAAACUGUAAAACUAAUAGAAGAUUAUUUGCUAACAAUUUUCAGAAUAAAUUGAAUUAUAAUCUCAAAUUAAAUCGAUCAUUAUAUUCCUUAAGAAAGUAAUACUAAUAAUAUAGCAUAGAAAAUUUAUGAAUGCGAUCAAACAAUCGAUAAUUAUUGUUUCAUAGCUUAAUUGCAUUUGGUAAAAGCUAUGAAUUUGAUUCCAAAUGAUGAGGAGCACUAAUAAGAAAUAGAAUUUAUCAAAUAAAUUUUAGAAUAGUUUUCGAAUAUAUAUAUGGAAUACAAUGAUUAAAAUUAAGUGAGUUAGAGAAGCUAUAACAUUUCAGUAAGAUCUUGUACGCCUCUUCCAUUUUAUCAAUAUGAGUAAUAAAAUUAGCAACCAGCUGCUGGGCUGAUUGACCAAAAAAAUUCAACAUUAAAACAAAAUAUAGCCAAUUAUUUGAUAUGGUUGUAAUAGUGGUAUCAAGAAGCAUUACAACUAUAUGGAAAUUUAAAAUGA